GGCCGAGAGGGGGAUGUCCGAUUCCAAAAGCGUGAGCCCCCCGGGCUACGCGGCGCAGACAGCCGCGGCGCCGGCGUCACGGGGAAGCUCGGAACACCGUUCGGCGUGGGGAGCGGCCGAUUCCCGCGCCAAUGGGUACCCCCACGCCCCUGGGGGUUCGGCCCGCGGCUCCACGAAGAAACCUGGGGGGGCGGUGACCCCGCAGCAGCAGCAGCGCCUGGCCAGCCGCUGGCGCAGCGACGACGACGACGAUCCUCCGCUGAGUGGCGACGAUCCCCUAGCCGGGGGCUUCGGCUUCAGCUUCCGAUCCAAGUCUGCCUGGCAGGAGCGCGGCGGCGACGACUGUGGCCGGGGCAGUCGCAGGCAGCGGCGGGGCGCGGCCGGCGGGGGCAGCACCCGGGCGCCCCCUGCGGGCGGCGGCGGCGGCUCGGCGGCCUCAGCAGCGGCGGCUGGCGGGACUGAGGUGCGCCCCCGCUCGGUGGAGUUGGGCCUGGAGGAGCGGCGAGGCAAGGGCCGCGCGGCCGACGAGCUGGAGGCCGGCGCCAUCGAGGGCGACGAGGCGUCCGGAGAUGGCGGCAGCUCGGCGGGCUCGGGCGCGGGCCCCGGCGCGGUGCUGUCGCUGGGCGCCUGCUGCCUGGCGCUGCUGCAGAUUUUCCGCUCUAAGAAGUUCCCGUCGGACAAGCUUGAGCGGUUGUACCAGCGCUACUUCUUCCGUCUGAACCAGAGCAGCCUCACCAUGCUGAUGGCUGUGCUGGUGCUCGUGUGCCUCGUCAUGCUGGCCUUCCACGCGGCGCGACCACCGCUCCAGUUGCCCUACCUGGCAGUGCUGGCGGCCGCCGUGGGCGUGAUCCUCGUUAUGGCGGUGCUCUGCAACCGUGCCGCCUUCCACCAGGACCACAUGGGCCUGGCCUGCUAUGCGCUCAUUGCGGUGGUGCUGGCUGUCCAGGUAGUGGGCCUGCUGCUGCCUCAGCCGCGCAGCGCCUCGGAGGGUAUCUGGUGGACGGUGUUCUUCAUCUAUACCAUCUACACGCUGCUGCCGGUGCGCAUGCGGGCUGCGGUACUCAGCGGGGUGCUCCUGUCUGCCCUCCACUUGGCGAUAGCCCUGCGCACCAACGCCCAGGACCAGUUCCUACUCAAGCAGCUUGUCUCCAAUGUCCUCAUUUUCUCCUGCACCAACAUUGUGGGUGUCUGCACCCACUACCCGGCUGAGGUCUCCCAGAGACAGGCCUUCCAGGAGACCCGCGAGUGCAUCCAGGCGCGGCUCCACUCUCAGCGGGAGAACCAGCAGCAGGAGAGGCUCCUGCUGUCUGUCCUUCCCCGUCACGUUGCCAUGGAGAUGAAAGCAGACAUCAACGCCAAGCAGGAGGAUAUGAUGUUCCAUAAGAUUUACAUCCAGAAACACGACAACGUGAGCAUCCUGUUUGCUGACAUCGAGGGCUUCACCAGCCUGGCAUCGCAGUGCACCGCCCAAGAGCUGGUCAUGACCCUCAACGAGCUCUUCGCCCGCUUCGACAAGCUGGCUGCGGAGAAUCACUGUUUACGUAUUAAGAUCCUGGGGGAUUGUUAUUACUGCGUCUCGGGGCUGCCUGAAGCGAGGGCCGACCACGCCCACUGCUGCGUGGAGAUGGGCAUGGACAUGAUUGAGGCCAUCUCGUUGGUCCGGGAGGUGACGGGGGUGAACGUGAACAUGCGCGUGGGAAUUCACAGCGGGCGAGUACACUGCGGUGUCCUUGGUCUCAGGAAGUGGCAGUUCGACGUCUGGUCUAACGACGUCACGCUGGCCAACCACAUGGAGGCCGGAGGCAAGGCUGGACGCAUCCACAUCACCAAGGCCACACUCAACUACCUGAACGGCGACUACGAGGUGGAGCCGGGCUGCGGGGGCGAGCGCAACGCCUACCUCAAGGAGCACAGCAUCGAGACCUUCCUCAUCCUGCGCUGCACCCAGAAGCGGAAAGAAGAGAAGGCCAUGAUCGCCAAGAUGAAUCGCCAGAGAACCAACUCCAUCGGACACAACCCGCCGCACUGGGGGGCCGAGCGCCCCUUCUACAACCACCUGGGCGGCAACCAAGUGUCCAAGGAGAUGAAGCGGAUGGGCUUUGAAGACCCCAAGGACAAGAACGCCCAGGAAAGUGCAAACCCUGAGGAUGAAGUGGACGAAUUUCUGGGCCGUGCCAUUGACGCCAGGAGCAUUGACAGGCUGCGGUCGGAGCAUGUUCGCAAGUUCCUCUUGACCUUCAGGGAGCCUGACUUAGAGAAGAAGUACUCCAAGCAGGUGGAUGACCGAUUCGGUGCCUACGUGGCAUGUGCCUCGCUGGUCUUCCUCUUCAUCUGCUUUGUCCAGAUCACCAUCGUGCCCCACUCCGUGUUCAUGUUGAGUUUCUACCUGACCUGUUUUGUGCUGCUGACCUUGGUGGUAUUUGUGUCCGUGAUCUACUCCUGCGUGAAGCUCUUCCCGGCCCCCCUGCAGACCUUCUCCAGGAAGAUCGUGAGGUCCAAGAUGAACAGCACCCUGGUCGGGGUGUUCACCAUCACCCUGGUGUUCCUGUCGGCAUUUGUCAACAUGUUCCUGUGCAACUCCAAGGAUCUGUUCGGCUGCCUGGCAGAUGAACAUAACAUCAGCGCCAGCCAGGUCAACGCGUGCCACGUGGUGGAGUCGGCUGUCAACUACAGCCUGGGGGAUGAGCAGGGCUUCUGCGGCAGUGCCUGGCCCAACUGCAACUUCCCCGAGUACUUCACCUACAGCGUGCUGCUCAGCCUGCUGGCCUGCUCCGUGUUCCUGCAGAUCAGCUGCAUCGGGAAGCUGGUGCUCAUGCUAGCCAUCGAGCUCAUCUACGUGCUUGUCGUCGAGGUGCCUGGUGUGACGCUCUUUGACAAUGCCGACCUUCUGGUCACCGCCAAUGCCAUAGACGUCAGCAACAAUGGGACCUCCCAGUGCCCUGAACACGCGACCAAGGUGGCGCUGAAGGUGGUGACGCCCAUCAUCAUCUCCGUCUUCGUGCUGGCCCUGUACCUGCAUGCCCAGCAGGUGGAGUCCACCGCCCGCCUCGACUUCCUCUGGAAGCUGCAGGCCACGGAGGAGAAGGAGGAGAUGGAGGAGCUGCAGGCCUACAACCGGCGGCUGCUGCACAACAUCCUGCCCAAGGACGUGGCCGCACACUUCCUGGCCCGAGAGCGGCGCAACGACGAGCUCUACUACCAGUCGUGCGAGUGCGUGGCUGUCAUGUUCGCCUCCAUCGCCAACUUCUCCGAGUUCUACGUGGAGCUGGAGGCCAACAACGAGGGCGUUGAGUGCCUGAGGCUUCUCAACGAGAUCAUCGCCGACUUCGACGAGAUCAUCAGCGAGGAUCGAUUUAGGCAGCUGGAAAAGAUCAAGACCAUCGGCAGCACCUACAUGGCCGCUUCCGGCCUUAAUGAUUCCACGUACGACAAGGUGGGCAAGACCCACAUCAAAGCUCUGGCCGACUUUGCCAUGAAGCUGAUGGACCAAAUGAAGUACAUCAAUGAGCACUCUUUCAACAACUUCCAGAUGAAGAUUGGGCUCAACAUCGGCCCCGUGGUGGCUGGGGUGAUCGGAGCCCGCAAGCCUCAGUACGACAUCUGGGGCAACACAGUGAAUGUGGCCAGCCGCAUGGACAGCACCGGCGUGCCUGACCGCAUCCAGGUCACAACAGACAUGUACCAGGUGUUGGCUGCCAACACCUACCAGCUGGAGUGCCGGGGUGUGGUCAAGGUCAAGGGCAAAGGCGAGAUGAUGACCUACUUCCUCAAUGGAGGGCCCCCACUCAGUUAGUAGCUGCCAGUCAGAGAUGCCAGGCAGCCCGGCCUCCAGAGAAAUGGAAACAGCUUCUUCGUGUGCCAGGCAGGCAGGUGGAAGCCCACGCUCCAGCCCAGGGGGCUGCGCCGAUGAGAUUUGCCAUUUUGACUCCAGAAGCAGCUUCUGCCCUUGUGGGCGGGCAGCAGCCCCAGGCCGUGGGGUGCCAGCGUCCCGCGAGCAUCAAGCUGACCAAAGACGUUUCCCUCUGUAGGAGACUCCGCUAGACUCGACCUGAAUCUUGAGAUUUCUAAUGGGUGCUGCUGCUGCACGGAUGGGAAGGAGCUCGGGGGCCACCCAGCGCUUGAGGGCAGGGCUGAGGGAGAGGCCUCUGUCUCAGGGGUUGGGGAGGCAGAGUGACUGUGGCUGGGGGGAGCCCAGGGCCCCUGAGGGGCCUUCUUUUCUAUGCGAGCCUUUAAACUUCACAGGAAGUGUCAACCCCACUCCGAAGACAGAGGGAGCUCCCGGGCAGGAGUGCUGGCUUUGGAAGGGCUGUGGCUUCCUCGCAGCCCCGCCCACACCUACACACAGACCACGCCCCACUGAGAGGGACAGGGCUGAUCGCCAGGGGGAGGAGAGGACUCGAGCAAGGAGUGGAGGUCCUGAGAAAAGGAAAAUAUUUAUUGAAUAAAACAAAAGUUUCUGUGCCCUUCCUCAGACUAUGCUAGUUGUGCGUGUGUAAGAGACCCACGAGCAACUGAGGAUGCCGCUGGGGAGGGGGAGGGAUCCCAAAUUGUCUUUUUGUAUUUUUUAUUUUGUAUUAUUGAAAACCUUGGAGAUCUAACAAAUAUACCAAAUUCUAUAUUUUGUAAAUUCUCUAUAUUAGGACGCGGCUGUUCACCGCGGGGCGUGCGUGCUCAUUUGUCCUGCGCGCACACCGAUGCGCGUUCUGGUGUGUGUGUGUUUCUGCUGUGGGGCUGGGCUCUUACAGGAGCCUGCUGCCCUCACCUCGGACUCGGCAGUUUUGGGUUUUCCCAGGUCCGGCCAGAGCAGUGGCUGUGUCCUUCCGGGGCACCACCGCGUGUUCAGGUUAAGCAGGAAGAUAGAUGAUAGACAUAAGACCCCGCCUCUCUCUGUACACACGGACACACACACCGCUUCCCCUGAAUCAGAUACACACGAAACGAUGAGAAGGAAACAUAAAGCUGCACUUGCAUCUCGUGCUGAGUCGGAACCAAGGGAAGCAGCCUCAAACCGCAGCAGCAGGGAGACUGGCUGCCCUCCGCCCGUCCACUCUCUGCAGGGUCAGCCACGUGGCGCCUGGUGCCCAGCCAGCGUGCGUGUGGGCGGGAGGAAGCCUGCCCGGCUGUCUCAGUUGGCUGAGGCGGCCCUCUCUGGAGCUGAUCCCUGAGACUUUUGCAUAUAAUGUGGAUCCCUCAGGUUCAGGGAAUGAGGGGGGGGGGGGGGUGUGGCUUUGCCCUCCACUUGCAAACCAGAGGAAAGGGUGGUGCCCUGCUAGCAGAAAUUUUGAUUUGUCUGGUUUUUGUUUUUUGAGGAGGGGACAGUUAAACGUAGCGAGAAAAAAACUUCUAUUUUUAUACCCAAUGAGGGAGGCAUUUGGAAAAUGAUGUGCUAUCAGAGAGAUGUUCAGGCAGAACCCUUGGGGCCUGUGCCCAGACCUUCUCAUUGCUGCUCAGGGCAGAACGCUCCGCGCCCACCCCCAACACAAGGCCGAGGAGGUGAACGUGACUCGGAUGCCCGCCUGUACCGCCUGUCACUGGGCACUAGCACCAGCCUCCCCGACCACACACGCCGUCCAUCCCGGUGUGAGCACAGCUCUGGGAAGCAAGGCUUAGGGACCUAAAACUGCCAGCCUGAGUCUGUCCGCGCUUUUGCAGUUCCUCCUUUUAGUUCUGCAGGGGCCUCUUGCCCUUGCCGGGGCUGGCUUUCUCCACAUACUGUGCUCCAGUCCCCUGCCCAUCCCCCUCCCCCAUCACCCGCCAGUGGUGCUGGGCUUCGUUUUGCUUCCAACCUGAGUACUGUGUGUGUGCCGCAUUCCUCCCGUGUCCCCCCAUCGUCUGACCCCCCACCGGCCUCGUGGGGGCCCAUCCCCCCUCCCAGCAGUGACUGGUGACCACGUGCAGUGCUAGCUCUUCAUUCCCUCUAAGGGGUGUGCACUCUUUUUAUUCCUGCUCUUGCAAAAUGGAUACGAUUAUGAUUUCCCAUGGAAAUUGAAGUCUAUUUAAGUAAUUUAACUAUUAAACACUUUCACUGGUAA